UUGACGUCCGCAAGGACAGUCGCGCCCUCUCUCUCUCUCUCUAAGCUACAGCGAGAAACAGGUCGUGCCUACUGUGGGAGAAUCCUUCCAUGAGUUCAUAGAGACUGAAAUCUAUGCUUCUAAGCUUCAGCUGACAUAUUCCAACAUCAGUUUCUGCAAGAAGAAGAGGAAGGAGAAUCGUGUGAAGGAGGAGGAGAACGGGAAGAACGAAGGAGACCGAAUUACUGAUUACUGAAACCUCCACAAUUUAGUCAAUUUGAGUCUGCUCUGCUGCUGCUGCUGCUGCUGCUGCUGUUGUUGUUGUUGUUGUUGUUGUUUCUUUGAUAUUGUCCGAUUUUCAAGCAGCAGUUCGACUUUCUUAUUCAGUUCCUGAGAUUCAUGCGGAACAUUGAGGUUGAUCCUCUCGGGAAGACACUGUGAUUCUAUAAUGGUCCGAACCAAAAGGUAGGUUUCUCUUCCUUUAGCGAGUGACUGGGAAAGAUGGCAACAUCGGGGCCACCCACCCCUAUGGGUGGCGGUGCACAGUCUGUUUCACCCUCACUUCUGCGAUCUAAUUCUGGAUUGAUAGGAAUUCAAGGUGGUCUGCAGCCUUCUCAGGCAGCCUUUUCUUCACUUGUAUCGCCUCGCAAUCAGUUCAAUAAUAUGAAUAUGGUUGGUAAUAUGUCCAAUGUGUCAUCUCUCCUUAAUCAAUCAUUUGGAAAUGGGGCUCCUAAUUCUGGACUUCCAUGUCCUGGCAGUAGCCACACUGGUGCGGAGCCAGAUCCCCUUUCCGGUGUUGGCAAUGGAACGAGCUUUAAUAAUCCUUCAUCAUCAUUUGUAGCAUCAAAUAUGACAAACCCUGUUUCGUCCGUUCAGGGGCAUAAUCCACAAUUUUCUAACCUUUCUAGCAGUCAGAUGUCAUCAGAUCAACAGCAGUCGCAACAGCUAGAGCCCCAGAACUUCCAACAUAGUCAACAGUCGAUGGAACAGUUUUCUGCACACCAGAGCAAUCAACAACCACAAUUUCAUGCAAUUCGAGGGUUGAAUGGUGUUGGACCUGUAAAGUUGGAGCCUCAAGUGACCAGCAAUGAUCAACUUGGACAGCAGCAGCAGCAGCAUUUGCAAACGUUGAGAAACCUUGUUCCUGUGAAAUUGGAAUCACAACGACUUCAGUCACUGAGAGGUUUGACACCAGUAAAAAUGGAACCCCAACAAUCGGACCAGUCAUUAUUUCUGCAGCAGCAGCAGCAGCAGCAGCAGCAUCAACUACAACAACCACAAUCGCAACAAUUUCUCCAUAUGUCUAGACAGCCCUCUCAGGCAGCGGCUGCCCAAAUUAAUCUAAUGCACCAACAAAGGCUUUUGCAAUUGCAACAACAACAUCAGCAACAACAUCUCUUAAAAAGUAUGCCUCCUCAACGGCCACAAUUGCAACAACAUUAUCAACAGCAGAACCUUUCUCUGAGAUCUCCUGUAAAACCAGGAUAUGAACCUGGAAUGUGUGCCCGGCGUCUGACUCAUUACAUGUAUCACCAGCAACACAGACCUGAAGACAACAAUAUAGAUUUCUGGAGGAAAUUUGUUAACGAGUACUUUGCACCCCAUGCCAAGAAGAAGUGGUGCGUUUCCAUGUAUGGAAGUGGGCGACAAACAACUGGAGUUUUCCCUCAGGAUGUAUGGCACUGUGAAAUAUGCAAUCGCAAGCCUGGGCGUGGCUUUGAAGCAACUGCUGAAGUUCUUCCCAGACUUUUUAAGAUCAAGUAUGAAAGUGGUACAAUGGAGGAACUACUGUACCUUGACAUGCCUCGUGAAUAUCAUAAUGCAUCUGGUCAGAUUGUCCUGGAUUAUGCAAAAGCGAUACAGGAAAGUGUUUUUGAGCAACUUCGUGUUGUUCGCGAUGGCCAACUUCGAAUUGUUUUUUCUCCGGACCUUAAGAUAUGCUCAUGGGAAUUCUGUGCUCGACGCCAUGAGGAACUUAUACCUAGGAGAUUAUUGAUACCUCAGGUUAGCCACCUUGGAGCGGCAGCUCAAAAGUACCAGUCUGCCAUUCAAAACGCAUCAUCCAAUUUAUCAACUCCUGAAUUGCAAAACAAUUGUAACAUGUUUGUGGCUUCAGCACGACAAUUAGCUAAAGCCUUGGAAGUUCCGCUGGUAAAUGACUUGGGAUAUACAAAGAGAUACGUACGUUGUCUACAGAUAUCCGAAGUGGUUAAUAGCAUGAAGGACUUGAUUGAUUACAGCAAAGAAGCAAGGAUUGGGCCAAUGGAUAGUCUAGCCAAGUUUCCUCGGAGGACUAGUUCAUCAUCAGUGCUUACAAAUCAUGCUCAAGUUUCUAAUGAGCAGCAACAACAGCAAUCAUCCAUAGCCCAUCACUCAAAUAACAACCAGGGUUCUGUUCAGGCUUCUGCAGUGCAGCUUACGGGUAGCAAUGGCGUGGCCAAUGUAAAUAACAUGGCCAACCAACCCUCAACAUCAAACUCAGCGAGCACCAUUGCUGGGCUUCUUCACCAGAAUUCUAUUAAUUCCAGACAGCAGAACUCUAUGGCUGAUGCUAGCAACUCAUAUGGGGGAAGUUCUGUUCAGAUUCCAUCUCCUGGUUCUUCCAGUACAAUUCCACCUACGCAACUGAACCCUUCUACAUUCCAGCCACCGACACCUUCAUCAUCUAACAAUCUUUCACAACCAUCGCAUGCAGCUGUGAGGAAUGGCAAUCAGAUGAGUGCUGCUAAUUCUCCGGCAAAUGUCUCUAUACAACAACCUGCCUUAUCUGGAGAUGCUGAUCCUAGUGAUACACAGUCCUCCGUGCAAAAGAUCUUACAAGAGAUGAUGAUGAAUAAUCAAAUGAAUAGUCCAACAAGUCUGGUUGGUGUUGGUUCGGUGGUCAAUGAUAUGAAAAACGUGAAUGGGGUCUUACCUACAAGUAAUCCAGGUCUCAACAACGGGAAUUGUAUUGGGGGAAACGGAGCAACCAACAGUGGCUCAGGAAUGGGAGGAGGUGGAUAUGGAUCAAUGGGGAGUGGGCUUGGUCAGCCUGCCAUGGUUAAUGGAAUGAGGACUGCAAUGGGAAAUAACUCCAUUAUGAACAGACGAAUAGGAAUGGCAUCGCUCGCUCUUGAACAAAGCAUGAAUGGUCAACAACCGCAGGAUAUGGGAAACCAGCUUCUUAGUGGACUAGGAGCUGUGAAUGGUUUUAGUAAUCUCCAAUUCGACUGGAAGCCGUCCCCAUGAAGAAAACAGCUAUAUAUGAAUCAUCAUACGUGGAUUGGUGCUUAAUCUCUGCUGCUUGUGCAGCAGCAUUCAAAUUACCAGAAUUUGCCGAUGGCCCUGCGAGAGAUGGCAGGCACCGCAUGGCAAAACAGGUACGGGGCAUAAUGAUUCACACUUUGUACCUAUAUAUUUGCUUUUAUAUUAUACGAAAAGGAAAGUCUGACGGCUGGUGAUGGUGAUAGGGGCAGGUUGUCUGUGAUUUCCAUUGUAACCUGCUAUUUCUAUAGUUUUUUUCCCUCUAAUAUUUGGCCUAUUUAGCUACUUCAUUGUCUUACCUUCUUCAUAGCAUAUUGGGUUAUGCUAUAUGCUUUUCAAGGAAUGUGGUCAUUUGGAAGAGAAUCCAAAAUGGGCUGCAGAGUGCUAACCAAAGGAAGUUUCAAUUCAGGUGAAUGAAAUUACUUGAGAAAGUACUAAAAAUACAAAAUCAAGUGGUUCUCCUACAGUUUUGGGGAACUAAAAGGUUGAGUCCCACAUGGAAGGCAAAACAAGGUUGCCCCUCUUAGUCUUGGAAUACAACCUGUUGUUGUUCUUGUUGGUAUUUGACGAAUGAUUUUGCAUCAGGAGAUUUAUAAUUUAUUGAUCAUGGAAA